CGGGGAGAGAGACGGCUCCAGUCCGCACUUUAGGAGCACCUUGCGUGUGUGAGUGUGUUUUUACGUGUGUGUGCGGGCUGUGUGCGUGUGUGUAUGUUUAUUUGCUCACUUUAUGUCCAAGUGUCUCUCCACAAACCAAAUGAAAGGGAUUUAGUUGGAGAAAGACUGAGAGGAGACGCGCACCAAAAUCAGAAAAGCUGAGAUCUGAUGCUUCCCGCCAUCACCAUGGAAACGGAGGCCAGUCACAUGCUGGAGGCAGCUCUGGAGCAGAUGGAUGACAUCAUUGCAGGUUCAAAAGCAGCAGCCGUGGAUUUUUCUAACAGCAUGUAUGACCUGGGUUCACCAGUCAGCACCGGACCGCUGCAGGUCGUCCAGAUCGCUGAGGACCUCAAACUGGCUUUGGCUCUCCAUCCCAACCAGGAAGAAAGAGACAGCCUGAGGGCACAGCUACCUACAGAAACAGCACAGGCUCUCAUAGACUGGCUACAGAGGGGAACUGUGAACCUGUGUUCUCCAGCCAACAAUGAAACCUACCAAGAACGUCUGCUCCGCCUAGAGGGAGACAAAGAGUCUCUGGUGCUACAGGUGAGCGUUCUGACCGACCAGGUGGAGGCUCAGGGGGAGAAGAUCAGAGACCUAGAAAGCUCUCUGGAGGAACACAGACAGAAACUGGCUUCCACUGAGGAGAUGCUACAACAGGAGCUGAUGAGCAGGACCUCUCUGGAGACCCAGAAGUUGGAUCUGAUGGACGAGGUUUCUUACCUCAAACUGAAGCUGGUCAGCAUGGAGGAGACGCACCCCAUCACGCACCCGCAAGAUCCCAUGGAAACAAAGCAGAACAAAGCCGAGGAUUUGCUACAAGAAGUGAAGCAGCUCAAGAACAAAGUGGAUGAGCUGGAGGGAGAGAAGAGUCAGUAUGAGAGGAAACUGAGAGCCACCAAGACAGAAAUCUCAGAUCUGCAGCACCUCCUGGCAUCUAAAGACGCCGAGAUCGAAUGCCUGCAGACCCAGCUGCUGGCCAGAGGCGGCUCGGCCAAUGACAACGCAGAGAGAGACCAGGAAUACCAGAGAUUAAAAGUGGGGAUGGAGUCUUUGUUAGCUUCAAAUGAUGAAAAGGACCGUCGUAUAGAGGAACUGACCAUUUUGCUCGGCCAGUACAGAAAGAUGAGGGAGGUCAUGGCACUAACACAGGGGAGCAGCGAAGAAGAGCUGAGCGGCAGUUUAAAACUCCGAGCCAUCACACACAAAGCUCACUCUGACAUGCUCAGGUCAGAGAUGUCAUCCAGAGGGUCCUCUCCACUUAUGUUAUCCUCAUCCCCCUACCAGAGAGAACUGGAUUCAAGUAUUCAGAACUCAAUGGACACAUCUCUGGUAUCCACUGCAGAUACAAGCUUCUUUAAUGGAUCGUGGCAUCAGCGCAGGUUGCUGUCCAGCAGUCUAGAAGAGCUGCAGAGCGGAUCCUUACUAAAGGCUGUAGAGAUCCAGCCAGCUGAAAGGGAAUCAGAUGUAGGGGCAGAGAGUCCUCACAUGGAGCUGAACAAGUACCAGACGUUGCCGGGGAAGAUGAGUAAAAAGAGCGAGCUGCGUGCCGAGCUGAACGGAGACAGAGAGAGAAACGGAGAGUAUUUAUCUCCCGUCCAGCUGUCUCCAGUCCACAACCACAACCACGACCAGGACUACAGUCUGAGGCAUUCAGAAAAGCUGGAGGAGAGUGUCCUAUCAGACCAGUCCCCCCUGUCCUCCGGAGUGGACUCUGGACAGCAGUCCCCUGUCUCACCAGACAACAGGAAGACUCACAGAGGCAUUAAGAAACUCUGGGGGAAGAUUCGUCGCAGUCAGUCAGGUAGUCCUGUUCAGGUGCAUGACCCAGAGCUGGGAGAGUUCAAGAGGGGAGGCUUCAGAGCCACAGCUGGACCACGACUGGCCCGUUCAGGGAACACACGAGACCUGAAGAUACCUUUUUCUAAGUGGAACACAGAGCAGGUGUGUGACUGGCUCGAGGACAUCGGACUCGGUCAAUACAGCAUCCUCGCUCGCCACUGGGUCACCAGCGGUCAGUCUUUACUGUCGGCUACCCCACAAGACCUAGAGAAGGAACUAGCGAUAAAGAAUCCGCUGCACAGGAAGAAGCUCCAGCUGGCCAUCAAGACGUUCAGCAGCAAACAGGUGGAGAAAUCUGCCGAGCUCGAUUACGUCUGGGUCACUCGCUGGUUGGACGACAUUGGCCUUCCUCAGUACAAAGACCAGUUUAAUGAAGGAAGAGUGGAUGGACAGAUGCUGCAGUACCUCACUGUGAAUGACUUGCUAUUCCUAAAAGUGACCAGCCAGCUGCAUCACCUCAGCAUCAAGUGUGCCAUCCAUGUUCUACAUGUCAACAAGUUCAACCCUCACUGCCUCAAACGCAGGCCCAGCAAUGAGAACCAAUUCACUCCCAAUGAGGUGGUCCAGUGGUCCAACCACAGGGUCAUGGAGUGGCUGAGGUCGGUGGACCUGGCAGAGUACGCCCCCAACCUGAGGGGCAGCGGAGUGCACGGAGGGCUGGUAAUGCUGGAGCCUCGGUUUAGCUCGGACACGCUGGCCAUGCUGCUGAACAUCCCCCCUCAGAAAACGCUGUUGAGACGCCACUUAGCCACCAACUUCAACAACCUGGUGGGAGUACAGGCCCAGCAGGAGAAGAGAGAGUACACUGAGGCAGUGGGCUACUCACCACUCAACACCACUGCUAAAGUCAAGCCAAAGAAGUUGGGCUUCUCUAACUUGACUCAUCUCAGGAGGAGACGGCCGGAUGAAUCCACAGACUACAUCUGUCCCAUGGAGUCGUCCUCGCCUCAGUCAGGACAGACUGCGGUCAACGGGGUACAGAUGCGCUCCUACGUCGGCUUCAGAGGACUGAGCCCCAUCCUGGACCGAGAGCCCGACCGCUCCAGGGACCAGGUGGGGCUCAACGACGACAGAUCUGACCCAUCUCCAUGACAACAGCUGUGACAGCAACAUGGCGAUACUAUGUCAACAUCAUGGACAACUAUGUUGUCACGCUUUUCCAUCAGCCAAUCGGUUAUCACUACUGCUACUCUGCUUCCUUUGCUUGCGGCCCAUCACACCUCAGCCCGCUCCCUCCCUGCUCCUUUAAACCCCGCCCAUCAGCCCGACCCUGUGCCUUACGAGUGAAGAGAUCUCACAGACGCCCAGAUAAACCUGCCUGACUGUGCCACAGUCGCUAGCUGCUUGUCAUGAAGGGUGUACUGACACAGUGAAUCUUGCACACUUGAAGUAAUUUCAUUUCCAGUCAGAUGCCUCACUAACCCGACCUCAGCCUCAAACCUGUGCCAUCUAACUCAUCUCGAGAGAACACUGCCUCUCUUUGGACUCCACUUCCUGUGACAUCACUUCCUGUAAUCCACACAGUAUACAUGGACAUCUCUUGUUGUACAGUAUUAAGCCAUUGUUCUAACAUUUGUGCGCCACCAUUAGAUGAUUUUAUAUAUGUGUGAGUCGGCUAUCGCAUCAUUUACACUUUUGAUUUUGCAGUUUGAGUAGAGUUCUGUCGCAUGGUUGAGAUGAACUUGUGCAAUAUUUGCAUAAUCUUAUUAUGGAUGGAUUUUAUUUAAUAUUUAUGUGAUUGCAGAGCAAAUUCUAAAGUAGUAGUAAUCAAUACAUUUUGUUUGGAACCUGAGGUGGUGAUUUUGUACUGUUAUUUUCAUAUUUGACUGUAAUAGUAUUUUUAUAGUAAAGAGAAUCCUGCUCCGUGAAAGAAAACCUAACGGUUGUCCUGUAAAUGUAAAAAGAUUGAUUCAAAUCAUUUAAUAAACAAAAUCAUACGUGUGUAAAAGUUGAUUCCUUAUUUAAACACAAGAAGCAGUGCGUGUAAUUAACUUUUUUCUGUGGAUGUAAAACAAUAUUAAGGAUAGGCAUUCUCUUUAGGAGGUACACAUGGGCAACUCUUACUGAUUUCUCUUAUUAAAUGAAU